AUGGCGGAUCACCCAAUACACGCAGCUAAGCGUCUGUUUCUGGAUCCCCCGGAGACGGUCUCCACCGGUCUUUGUUUGGUUGAAAUGGAAUCCAACGCCGUUUUGGAUGUUACCAACGAAGUUAUACUAUGUGGCAAUAAAGAGAAUUUGGUGUUUCCUGAAGGGCCAUCCACCAGCAGCAACACCACCAAUGCGAUAUUUUCAUGGAGUCAUGAAAAUACGCUUCUAUUGAUAGAGCUCUUCGGAAAGUACCGACAGAGUGUUGGAUCAUUCCAGAUGAAGAGCCUGAAACACAUGUUUUUAAAGAUUGCUGAAGAAAUGCGGAAGACCACAGGGUCCAACGUUGCUGCAGGCAACUGCGAAAAUAGAUGGAAGGUGUUGGAGAGAAAUUAUAAAAAAUUUCUUGACAACUCGAACCAAACUGGCCGCGGACGAAAAACCUUCGAAUAUGCCAGUCAUAUGAACGACAUUUUGGGCAAAAAAAGAAAUAUUAGCCCAUUAAAACUGUUGUGUGCCAACCAAAUCGAUGUGUUGGCUGAGGUACACACCCAACCUUCACAGGGAGAAACCAUCGAGGUUCGUCCAAACGUGGAAGUUGUGGGACCACCUACUGGACCUUCUGCACCUUCUCAAACGCCGAGGAUAAAAAAUGAAGGAAAGAGAAGUAAGCAAGGCAUGUUGCAUAACAUACGGUGCGAUCGCCGAGAGUACUAUCAAAAAAGAUUGAACAUCGAAGAAAAAAAGCUGCAAUUAGAGGAAAAAAAGUUGGAGGAAAAAGUUAAAAAAAACAAACUUUUACAAGAACAAAAUAGGUUGUUAGAGGAAAGAAAUAACCUGUUGAAAGAUGCUGGUUGUGGUUGCAAGAUAUUAGAGUAG